AGCAAUUUAGACCUCAGUAGCGCCAUCAAUUUGACACCUCUAGUUUUCGUUUCAUCUCCACAUUUCAUCAAACUAUCAAUAACACUAUCUUUUAUUAUCUAUACCUUAGUCGCUUGUCAAACAGUGUCCAGUCUAUUACUCCAUACUCAAUAUGGGAUUCUCUCGUUCCUCACGCGCCUCCAGCGACCGCAACGGAUCCAUCAGCUCGCGCGAGAGCUACAAGAAGGCUACUCUGUCUAGCAAAGCUGAUCCCAAUCAGGCUCUGACUGAAGCUCAACCAAUCAAUCAAGCGGUAUCCGGAAGUCCAAUGUUCUCGCUUCGAUCGAUGCAGCACCGCGACAAAGAUGGAAACGUCAUCACUGAUCCCGACCGGUCCAAUCCCACACGGCCCGCCGCCAUUGAGGCUCGCCGCCGAGAAAUGUGA